CAAAUUGGAUCAUCUAGGAAGAAGGAAAUGCACUCUAAGAAAUCUGAAAAAUCUUGAAGAUGUUUUGAAUAGUGACAUAACUUCCUUCCUCCAUUAGGUCACUGGGUGCAGCAGAACUCAAGGUUAUACAGGCCUGAGCUGGUUUGCAUAAAAAUGGACUUAAUACUUGUGUUUAAUGCAGUUUUUUCUUAAAAGACAAGCUUGAAUUUAUAAGGCUUUUUCUAUGUUCACCAUUCCCUUCAAUACAAGUGAAAAAGAAACAUCCAUUGUCUGAGAGCUGAUUUGUGGUUCAUUUUCUCUUGUAAAUUAAGUUUUUUCCUGUAUAAACUGACAAAAAAUUUCAGUCUAAUAGGUGGCAGGUCUCAGGCUCAGUUCCUAGAUACUAAAGUUAAAAUAGCAAGUUUUUAAAACUUGAACUGUAAAUUGCUGAGUGUCCUUUGUGUGCUCUUUGGAAUUAUUGUUGAUUUUAAUAAGUGGAGUCUUGGUAAAGUUUCUCUCACAGUGGCAGCUUGAUCACUGACUUGAAUGGGCACCGAGUAAGCCUGAUGAGUUUUAUCAUUUGUGGCAGUAAAAUAUAAAUAAAAAAUAAAAUAGCGAGAGCCACCUCUCUGCAGAGAGAAUUGCUGUGCUCUCCUCUCUUGCCUCAGAAGAUGAGUAGGAUUUGGGGAGGUUUUGGCAUCUUUCUGAGGCAGGGAGAUAUCUAAGCUUGGGGGUGGAUGAACAAAGCUUGUGUGAUCAAUAGCACUGUGAAACCUGUGCUCUGGCCUAAUUACUCAGUGAAGCACAGUAAAAUACUUUUCACUGGUCAUCAAUUGUAUGCUCGUUGUUUGGGGUUGUGUUUGGUAGGUUUACAUAAUUUUGAUUUAUAUUGGAAUAAACAGAGAAAGCAAAGGUACUUUAUGAGAUUAAAAAGGCUUUUAUCUACAGAAGAUCCUUAGAGUAAAUAGCAAAAUGGUAGUGUUUUGUAGUGCUAGUGUUUCGAGUUAUAUUUAGUCUGUUUUUUAAAUUCAGGAUCUUAACCCUGUGGAUAUAAGGUUUGCAACAUAGAUGUGAGGAAGGAACUGAUUUUUCAUGUUAGAAGAAACUAGAAUUUUUUUUUUACUAACCUAACAAAUUUGAGUCUGAGAUGAACUGCAGAAGGACAAGCAGCCCAUUUUUCUUUUUUUUUUCUUCCAGAGGUUUAUUAGAUGCCUUAGGAUUGAUUUCCAAAUGCAGUAGGUGCUCAAAUAAUGAUUGGAGUGGCCUGGCCUGCCAUAGCUCCUGUGAGACAGUAGUCCAGCCAGUUGAACCCUUGUUACAUCCACUUUGUUAGAAAAUGUUUUCACUUUCAGGUCAUCAUAAAUAAAUAUAUUUGAGUUCUUUAGGGGUAAAAUAUACAUAAAGAAGGCACUGUCCUCUAAAUCAGACUCAUUGUGUGGUAAUUCUUGCACUUAGAAAUCAAGGUGAUCUUUCUUGAAUAGUUGAAAUACACCAUAGUGCUUAUGUCUGUGAAAGCUCAGGUUGGCUGUAGUCUUCUGCAGAAAUUCGAAUUCUGAUUUUGAAUAUGCCUGUAUAGCUUCCAUGUACUUUGUUGUCAAAGGGUUGAGCUAAAUUUGAACGAGACACUUGGCACGUGUCUUUCCAUCCACACACAAGCUUGCACCGUGACAGCAGAAGCACAGGGACUUUUCUGUGUGCCAUGGAAGCAUUUCUGCUCAAUAAAACACCUUUUUUUCUCCUUUCGUGGUCGGUGGCAAAGCCUGGAACUCCUCCUAGGUGCAGCCUAGCUCUGGAAUAGUGUUUAGCUGGGCUCCCAGUACCUGCUCUGUCCCAGCUAGGGACUCAGUUUAAACUUUUAAAUUUUCAGCAAGUUAAAAGGAUCGAUCUCAGCUGCUCGUGCCGGGCGCUAUUUCCAGCCUGCCACGAGAGGGUGCUCCAAUGCCUUCAUUUAUCCAUUGCUAAAAGGUGUUUUCCACUAAGAAAAGUGGGGUGUGUUAUUUAACAUGACUGUGUUAUUACAGUGCAGUGUUUUAAGUAAGCAUUGGGUUAUGAAAGCAGGCAUGAUCCACAUAGCAAAAGGCAGAUAUGGCUGUAUUAAGAUGUAACAAUGCAUGUUUAUUUUGCUUUUGUCAUUAAGAGCUGGGCUGCUUCCCUUUUAGUUGUUUUGUUUCUGUUGGGCCUUAUCCUAAGUUAACUUCGUCUGGCAACAAGGGAAAUUUCUCAACUUGUUUAUGUGCAAGUAUGCAGACAGCUUUCGUGCAUGGAAGGGCAUUAAAUCUGAUACUUUUGCUAGGUAAUCUGAGCACUCAAGUUAAGAGUCACUUCUCAUUGCUUCUGUGCACUUCUCAUCUGUAAAAUUGCAAUAACUCUUGCUUGGUUUAUGGAGCUGUUUAGACUUAAUUUUGGUGUAAACAAACACAGGAAAGCUGUCUGCAGGCUAAAUUAAAUGUUCAGUCAUACACUCUUGUCUCAUCCUGUAGGCUUUGGAGAAAUGUAUUUGUUGUGGCUCUAGCCUGUAUUUCAAAACAUUUGUGGCGUGGUAAUAGGUCCAAGGGAAGAGUAAUGUUUGUGUUAAUUGUUGGACUUGAAAAUGAAGCUCAAAGCACUGCACUUUGCUCAGUGUUAUCUCUCGAAAAUACAUAGAGACCAAAGCUGCAGUGAAUUAACAACAGAGAGAAAACUGUAGAGAAAUGUCUUUGGCUGUUUAGCAAUAGAGCAGUACAAAGGGAAUUGGAGUAAGCAUUCAUGCACUUGGGCUGGUGGCUGGGAAACAGGAUCUCUGCAAAGAGAUCCCAAACCUGGUGUUAAGGGCAUGUAAUUACCAAAAAAUAGAAUCACCUGACACCACAGUGGUGUUAGCCACUGACUGCUGAGCUGUGGGAUAGUUGUUGCACUAAAUUGGGAUGCAUUUGUGUUUUUCUAAGUCACUUAUCAUUCCCUUUAAUACAAGCCAGUGAAAGGCCAUGUUGAAAGAAAGACAUUAAUCAGUCCUAAAACAGACUCCUAGAAAGGAGAUCCGAAAACCUGUUUAAAAUACAACCAAGGCAGGCUUCCUGUCUUGCCCACUGUCAUGCAAAAGCAAAUACCUGACUUCUGUUAUGCUGUAGAUGCCCUUUUAUUCUCCUACAAACUCUCCUAACUUUGAGAUCUUAGGUGCAUUUCAGGCCUUGGCAUCUGGUUUGUUACAUCCCCACAUCUGUUCUUCCUCGCAGAGAAAAAUACUCUUCAUCACAUGGUUACCCCCUGAGCUGCAGGGAGAUGGGCUUGUAAUUUUUGAAACUUAAUAAAAGCUAUUACAAAAACAACAUCUCUGUUUGUUAGUGGAGAAGUAGGCUUUAGUACGUAGAAUUAACUUUUUUUAUACACUGAAGGCUGCAACUCCAAGGAUUGCUCUUGUGCUUUUAGAAAUUAGAUAGUGGCCCUGUGUUGGGAACAAGUGUCAUUCCAUGGGCAAUAAUGUGUGAAAUGAAGGUGUCUGAGGUUUAAGGGGGAAAGUAGAAUUGAAUGUUCAGGAAUUGAUCCUGGUGACUAAGGAGGAAGAGCAAUUUCCUCAGAGUGUUUAGCAUUCUUCCUCAGCUGGUGUCUUAUUUGGAGCCAUAUCUCUUCUGAAAAUGAGACAGGUGAUGCACAAGGUCUUUCUCUCUGACUGUGUGCUCCUAGUUUGUUCACAAAUUCUUUGCUGACAAUGGAUGUCAGCUCUAGGACCAGGAAUACAGAUGUGCAGGAACUGGAGAAAAUAGUUUCACCCUGUGAAGGUGCCAUCUUUAUAUAUAUAUAUAUAGAGAGAGAGAGAGAUACUGGCAUGAGUAAAAAUCCCUGCAGUUAGGAAAACUGCAUUCCAUAGUAGUUAGCUAUUUAAUUUUUUUUCUGCACUGGCAGAGUAGUAAGUUUAUAAAAGGAAGAUUGUUUUGUCACACAGAUAAGGGAGGCAUGAGCACACAAGAUGGUUUAUGCAGCACAUCUCUAGCAGGAAUAUGGAUACAACACCCUUCUACAGGCCCAUGCUCUUUUUUCCAAGUUUGACUAUAGAGACUUUCUAUUAUGCUUUGCCCCAUGACAGGUUUUUUUACCUUUUUCAUGCUUGAACUCAAAGCUAUUUAUUUUAAUCCUACUUCAUUAGUGUGAGUAAGAGUAGGAGGUUUUGUUUAGACAACAUCAGUAGUUGAGACAGUAGUUGUUUUCAGAAUCUUUUAUGACUUUGAUUGAAAAUGUUAUUUAUUAGUUAGAUAGUAUGAGGAUUUUGUAAUGAAAGCUCUGAGCUGCACUUUAUGAAGGAUCACUAAUAACACCAGCUUGAGUUCUGCUCUGCCAUGGCUUCCAGAUAUUUAGGAAAUGACGUUUACUUUGCUUUAGACCUUCUUCAUUGCACAAAUUUAUCCUACUACUCUGUAGAGCUGUCAAAAGAAUAGAAUAUCAAAACUGCAAGACACUCGAUAUAUCAAGUGCUACAAAAAUAUCAUGUGUAGUAUCAAGUCAUAAUAUUAGCAUGCACUGACUGAGAAUGUUGUGUAGGCUGUGAAUUUAAUGUGUCUGAGAAUAGGCAUUUACUGCUGGGUAGAGCAUGGCUAGCAGCAGUGAGGGGAGUCACCCACAAAGCAGGUACAACCUCAGCAAAAGUCUGGGAUUUAAUAAAUCCUCUUGCUCUUCUGUCCUUUAAUUGCUAAUAAAACAUUUCAGCAAAAAUUGUUGAUCUUAUUACCUGAGCAGGGGAGAUGGUUACCUACCAGAGGGUUUAGAAAUAAGUCUUACUAGAAUUCAUAUCCUCAAUGGAAAAACAUUAUUGCCUCUUGUCACAAAUCUAGAAAGCAAUGAUCCAGAUUUAGAAAAACAUCACAGUUUGGGCUGAAGCAUUCAUGCUGCUGUUUCCUGACUGCCUCUUGACUAAAAGAUUAGGCACAUCAGCAGGUGGCAGGUGAGCCUUCUCAGCUUUGUAUGGUAGCCCUAAUGCGACUUUAAAUCUGAAAAAGAAAGUGCCUGUGCACCUCAUUGUGAGGAGGAAUGCCUGGUCCUUGGAGCGUGCUUCCAGAGACAGCUGCACAGCUAGCACAUGUGUCUGCACAGUGCUCCCCACCCCAAAGCUCCAGACAAAAACAGGAGAUGAAUCUCAACAGCUGCACAAGGUUCAGUUUAUGAAUCUUAAUUAGCAUUAGGAGUUGUUUGAGAUGUUUAUUUUCAUAAUUGUCUAGUGAUGAUUGUAAGGGCUAUAUAUCCCAGUUCAGGUAGUCAGGGUAAUGCUAAUGUCUUUAUAGGGGAGGAGUUCUGGUGAUCGGAGCCUGAGUGAGUGCCACAUCCCUCUAAAAAUAAAUAAUUCUCAUAUGGAUCAUAGUGUUUUUCUGUGCCCUACCAGGGCGCUCUUAGUUCUCCUUCCUCUUUUUCUCUACCCAAGUUACACAUGUUUUUGCACAGGCUGAUUUCUGCAGUUAAAUUUUUGCUUUGAGAGGAGCUCUUACAACAUUGGCAAAGCUCCCACUAAAACUGGUUUGAGACCUCCACACCCAGACAUGGUUAUUUUUCCUUACCAAUUUAAAGGAACAACUUGUAUUUUAUGUAUUUGUCUUAGAUUACAGCAGCCACCUUCAUGCACUAAAAAGAAAGCCAAGACUGUCAGUUUCCCUGUUAUUCUAUCUUACCUGUUGUUAUAUAGGACGCCCUACCUUGCUUUAGAAACAGAAUCAUUAGACUCCAUAUAUUUUGAGUCAUUUAGUUUCAACCCUGCUUCUGCAGCACAUAUCUCUUGUGUCUAAAGUGAUUUCCCCUUAACGAGGCCAACAGUAGCAAUAACAGUAGUAUAGUCUGUUAUCAAUAAUCUGCCUGCAGUAUUCACAAUAUAUAAUUUCCAAAAGAUUCACCAGGAGUUUUUGAAAUAGGAGUAGGUUUUGUUUUUGUUUUUUUCCUAUGAUGGGGGAUGGGGGUUGGAAGAGUUUUAAGUUGAUCUAGGAGGUACCUGAUCUUGAAGUAAAGUUUUACAGGAUGUAGCCUACUUGUAUCCUGCUCAUCUGAAUGGCAGCGUGAUAAGGCUGAAUGGAUGGAAACUUGUCAAAAGAGACCAAGAUAUAGUUCUGCCAAUGAAUCUGUUAGUCUAGUUUUGUAGUAAUUAGGAAUUAAGUUCUUACUCUGGCAGUCUUUCACUGCAUUUUCAUUAGACCCAAUUCAGACGUGGAAGUUUUACUGAACAGUCAUGUUUGACGUUGCUGGCAAGAGGACACACCAUCUCAGAUUAGUCAGUCCUUCUGAAGGCUGAUUCCACUUGCUGUAUUUGAUCACAACUAUUUGAUGUUUGCCAUUACUCAGUUUCUGGCGUCAGAACACAAGGUGUGACCCUGUAUGUUUAAUUUACUGAUCUUUUUAGAGGAAAAAAAAAAAUCUUGCUCUAUACAGGUCCCUGCUGGAUGUUCUCCAGGCUCUCAUUUUUUGUGUAUCAGUCAUUGAUUUGGGUGCUAUUCAGAGGCUUUCCCUUUUUGGGACACUAUUCAUGAUGAAAGCACGACCUUAAGGGGUGUUGUUCCCACAGCCUCUCCUGAUGCAUCGUGCUGGAACUUCAUCAUCCUUGCUGGAAGAACUUAGUGUGCUGGGUACUUCCGGGCUUCAGCUCUAUAACCUAUCCAGGUUACUUCUAUGCAGCAGCUCUCUUAUAUUGACUUUUAAGUGCUUCAUGUAGCUUGAAAGUAGCGAGAAGACGGUUUCUGGCAGUGAUGUAGAUGAAUAGGAAACAUGUCAUUAAUUCUAAAGACCCUUCAAAUAUUAAUUAGCUCCUGAUUCUGUAAAGUCCUAAGCUGAAAACCCCUUUUAAACCUCAAGCACAGUAGCUUUCAGUCAGGAGUUAACGGGAUGCUACCUCUGGAUGUUCCAUGGCUUGCCAGGGAGCAGCUCCUGGGCUGAGGAAUGUCUUGUAGUUUGCCUCAAGGGUACUUUUUGCAAAGAGAUUUGCAGGUUAAGUAACACAUCACAGCAGGUUGGAAUUCCAAAAGAGAAAUGCCCUGAAAGGCAGGUUUAGUGCAUCCCUAGAAGCUGGCAGUGACUGACUGUGUUGUAGUAAAUAAAGGGUGUCCAUAAGGAUGAGACAGAGAAUCCCUUGGCUGGAAACAGGAUCUGCAUGGGAUGGUAAAUGUUCUGCUUUCUAACUACUGUACUGAGGAGAGCUAUGGUCAUUUAAAUGUCUUCAAAAUACAGGAUUGCCAUAGGCAACUGCUGUUAAUAGUAGAAAUUAAACUGAAACAUCUCCCAAGCUGCCAAAAGAUUUGGAGUGGCUUUAAUUUCCAGUACCUGGACGAAAGACAGAGAACAGGAUCCCUUUGCUGUAAGAGACUGAGUCAGAGUGAGUACAAGUUCACCAUGAGUUUUGGUUGCUUGAGUAGCUGAUUUGCAGUAGGUUUGUACUUUGAGAGGCUCGAGAGACAAUGUUUUGAGAGGAGCAUAUGAAGGACUGCCUGUUGUCUUGGGAUUUCCAACUUCAAGACAGCACCUGGUGUGCUGGUAUAGCCCAGUAGUGAGCCCUGAUCCCAAAGGAAGCACUUUGUGUGGCUGGUUCUUGCAGGGAUACAAUACAGCCCUGUGUAAUCCAAGCAGUCAGCUGUCUGACAGCCAAUAUAGGCCAGCAACAACUGGGAAUGUUUUUCUGUGGAGUGGGAGGAAGAAGGAAUGAGGUGGAACUCUGUCAAAUUAGAAAAAAAAACUAUCUUAAUUGAACAAGAGAAAGGGACCUUUCUUGGCCUUUCAAACCAGAAGAUGUGGGGAUACAGCAAGCUGACACAGCCAGAGCUUGGUCUCAAUUUCAGUUCAAAAUUAACAUUUCAUAAAACAACACUUCUAAAUGAAGCAGUCUUACAUAGCUCCCUGGAGCCAGCUGUAUGGCACAACUGGCAAAAGUCUUGCCAUGAAACUGCAUGUAGCAAUGUCCUUUUGUCAGAGCCUUUUAUUGGCUCUGUGGAAAAGCAUCUUACUGUGCCCAGUAAAAUCCACACAAACUGAUGUUGUGGAUGGAUGCAAUUUAGGAACUAACCAGUGCUUUCCAGAAUGAGAGGAAACAAGCUGCUGAGUGAGCUGCAAUGUUACACCUCCCACUGGGAAUUUCCAGCCCUUUCCCUCUUCCUUCCUCCGUCAGAAUAUAGAUAGUAAAUACACUAAAUUAAGCACUGGGGGAGGUGGCACCCAAAGGAGCUGUAGCAGAGGCUGAGUGGCCCCAGUUAAAAGUAGCUGACAAUACCCUGGCCAAUCCUCUGUGCAUCCCAGUCAUACCACCCGUACUGGCAGCAGGGGAGAUGUCUCAGACAGCUAUGCUGGUAUGGAGUGGGAGGAAAGCUCCUUAAAUAACCACUAGUGGGUCCUAUUCCCUGAGUGUGUCAACACUUGAGUUGUUGUUUUAUUCUCUAAGCAGGAAAUAUUAGUCAAGUAAUUGUGUGGCAAGCAAGUGACAGAAAUGAAAUAAUGUUUUUUGCUUUUUCUAAUUGCUGGAUCUGUUUUUUAGCACACGGCUGAUACUUUCCUUGUCAUUUUGCAUUUCUAUUCAAAAACCUCCAAGCAGCACAUGAAAACCAGAACAAAAGAGGAAAAGAUCUGGCUAAAAUCAGGGCAGUAGUAUUGUAUUGAACCUCAUCCCUGACAACUCCAAAAGAACACUUGUCUCGGUUUUGGGUUUGGAGUACCUGCAUUUUGAGGGGGCAGGGCAGCAUCCUUCCCCAUCAUUGUUAAUCUUUGCAUGUAGUUAAAUUACAGUUCAUAAUCCAGUCUUGAAAAGCCUUAUUCUUAAUAUACAUUACACUGCCCUCCUCUUCUUAUUCCAGGUGAAGAGCAAAUGUUGUUGUGGUGCCAAAUUAAUAAAAUUGGAUUUCAUUUAAUUAGUACUGUCUCACAGCCCAUUAGAUAAAUCCAAACGACUGUUUUCUUCUUUCAUAUUUCCCCAGCACGAGGGGAUGUUGGCAGUGGUAUAAGAAAGCAAACCAUUAGUGUUCAGGUUAGCAUUGUAAAUUGGCAACAUCUCAGCUCUUUUGGGGAUUUGUCUUUUGACAAAUUGUUGGAUAAAUCUGAAAUUGUAGCUACCUCCCUUAUGAUGUUUGUUUGUAGAGCAGAUUCUGUCCUUGCUAGUCGGAUCUUGCUAACCAAACUGAAGGUUAGUCUAAGCAUUUUCCAUGCAAUUUCUGCUUUUUGAAAUGGCAAUCAUGAACCUAGGCAAAAGAUGUGGCCUAGUGUGUCUGGGGAAUUAAGCCACUCAUUUCCACACUGUUGUACUUUGUUUGCUUUUCUUUACUGCUCUGAAAACAAGUUAGUAGAAAAAAAACAUCAUCUGCAGGAUGUUUUUGCUCUGUUGUCAUCCAGGCACUGUCAAGUUUUCCUCCUCCUGGGUUAUUUCUCCCUAGAGCAAAUGGUACUUUCUUUAACCAGUCUUCUAGUUUCCUUUGUAAAGUAAUUUUUAUCUUUUUUUUUAAGGUGCUCCUCACCUCAGUAUCUGCUGACUUAACCAGACCAUACACUACUAACCACUGCCUGUAGUAUAUAACUUGUUAGAAGACCUCAAUUUUUUUUAGUGAUUAGGGUCUGUAAAUGAAGCAGCUCUCAAACAGGAACAAAGUCUUUUACUCAGCUUUCUAACUUUCCUUAAAUUCAACUAUUUUUUGUUCGGUUUUUUUUUUUUUUUUGAAAUUAAAAGCAGCUGUGACAAAUGAUGUGAAAAAGAAAGCAAAUGGCAAGUGGUAAACUUGAUUGCAGGAGGUUGCAGAUUGAAGAAGUAGAACGGGAUUCAGUGUGAAGAUGUAGAAGGUGGGAUACAGAGAAAAAUGGUUCUGCCUUUGCAUGUGAGGUAUUAAGUUCUGAGCUGCCCCUGUAACAACAGGAAUCAAUCUCUGAGCUGUAAUAAGACAUAUCAUGACAACAUUAAUAAUUAUAAUCCAAAAAAGAGAGCAUUAGGAGUAGAAAGACAUGUAGUUCUGCUACUCUACUAAGCUAAGGUUUGAAUUCUGCACAUAAUUCUAAUCUGGUUGUUUGGAGAGGUGUGUGGUAGAGCUAGAAAAACCCAAAGGAGGAAUGUUUAAAGGUGCCCAAAGGCAACAGCAUCAGACCUGAGAGAAACUCUUCAGCCUGGAGGAGAGGUGGCUGAAGUAGAAUGAGAUAAGGACUUAUGAAAAUCACAAGUAGCAGAGAAAGCACCUACAGGUACUGAUCAUUUGGGAUUUGCCUUGUAGGGACUGAGGAUCAUCAAAUGAAAUGAAGAGAUGUCCUGUCCAGAACCAGUCAGAGCCUGUUCUUUGUUCUACAAGGUGCUGUGAGCUCUUGAUACUGUGGCAGCAGGAUUUUGUUUAUGUGAGGUUAGUUUGCAAUACUUCUGACAGCAACUGGACAAAAUAAGGCCUGUCAGGAAGUUUAACUGCAGCAACACAAGCUCUGGCUCAGAAACACGUCGAGCUACAACAUCUUGGAAGCUUGGAAAGUGUUUUGGAAUAAUAUGAUUACCCUUUUCCCAGGCAGGAUGCUGGUCUGUAAGUGACCCAGGAUGGUGGUUGUUGUGUGCCUGAAGAAUCCCAGUUGUCAGCUGGCUGACUUGCUUUUGACAUUCCUAAGUGUUCUGCUAAAUCUGAGGGGCAGGACUUGUUUUUCCUAUCAUGCUUCCUUUAAAUGUUCUAUAGUUUUGAUGUUAACCAUCAAAAAGCGCUGUACUUCCUAAAAGAUAAUCCACAACUUUGCUGUAGAUGUAAAGCAUCUUUAGUAGCAGACAGAUAAAAUGUGUGUUUGUAUCUUAGCUUCAUAAAAUUCCAUCAAGUUUAAUACAUUGGCUAGUCUAACCUCUCUUGAAGUAAUUUAACAAAAAUACUGUUUCUUCUAUUAUUCUGUCUUAAAAUAUCUGAACUGCUGAAUAAUAUCCAUUACAAACGUACUAAAUUACAUAAACAUUUUCAACCCAGCUCCACUUAAUUUAUUCACAUUUUUUUCUAUUCACUUGCUGUUAUCUUUCUUUGUAAUAAAACUGAUUUUAUUUCUACAUCAGCAAGUCAAACAGUGACUUUUUUGUAGCUAUACUUUUAGGAGUACUGAACCUUUUCAAAGCUGAAUUAAUUCUGCCAUAACCCAGAAAGUAUUUCCCAAAGACAUUAUUUCAGUGAUUACAUUCUUGACUUAAUCCUGAAUUCAGGUAUGUGAGGGUCCAGCACUGCAGUUAGAUUCAGAAAAGCAAAUGUGGUGACACAGUCUGAAACUGCAAAGCAGUCGACAGCACUGAGCUCGGAAUUCUCCCUCUGGAGAGGCUGGGGCUCGUGUUACCCUGGUCACUGAGCAGCUGCUGGGCCAGCACUGGUGAAUGGAGCCCCUUGUCUGCUUGGUGGAGCCAAUGACAAGGGUCUGGCUUUUGCCAACAGGAAGCAGUUCUGCAGCCGGAGCUAAGUUUAGCGCCAUGGAUUUGUUCCUCUGACUUCACAUUCCCACUGCCCCCCCAAAGGAAAUCAGCCCAGAGGGCUGAGAAGGAGGCCAGACAGCUAAACCUCUCUGAGCCCGGGCUCAGCUGAAUGUCAGGCACUUUCCACGUUGUUUUCCCUGGUACUGAAGUUCACAACACGGCAUGCAAUUUUUGGGCAAGUAUUCACGCUAAAGCUCGGCUUUUCUUGGAGGAAAGGAAACGUUUGUUUGUUUUCUAAGGCAAAUGUAUUUCAAAGGAGGCAAGAUCACAAGGGUAUUUUAGUCAAAUGAAGUAAAUAUUCUAAAAAGGAACCCUCUUCUUUGUUCAAGAGAAGAAAAUGGCUGUGGACGAUGGUUUGAACAGCACAUUGGAUGCUGACAAAUGAGGUUGACAGUUUUGUGAUUUAUUUUUAGCUGGAGAAUUUUUUUAAAAUCAGAAGUACUGUGUAGCCUUGGCAGUUGCUGCAUACUCGGUGUGGGUGGAUGGAACUGAGAAAUCGCAUCUGUGCUAACAAGCAUUUUGGGAUUCCAUUAAAAAAUUAAACUCAUGUACUGGAAACUGAAGCUGUACCAGCUCACCUGGGGAGCUCUGCCCUCCACAUAUCCUCCACAAGGUAAGCGGUGCUGCCUGUCCAAGGCACUUGUAAAAAUACUUGGGCCUCAAGAUGUGGCAUCAACUCAAAUUUGGGCUAUUAGAUUGACAUUUUCUUUCUCUCCUGAGAUGACAAGUCAAUGAGUUAAUCUCUACUCUCUUCUUCCAAGUUUUCCCUCUAACUAAGAAGAAAAUUCCAAAGGCAGCUGAGAAACAGUUUAAUGUGGUUGUUGAUCCAAGUGCUGAGUCUAAGGAAAGUACCUAAUACUGUAAGGCUUCUAGUAAGAUGUAAUUAUGUCACUGGGAAAGCAGCUUGGACAUUUAUAUCACGUUAGCUCCAAGGUCUGACCAGUUAGUGCUUUACAUCUGCAAAAUAAACCUCUCUCCAGCUAGACUUCGUGAGUGUGGGUAUUUCUGGCUUCUUCAGGGAUCAGCCGAGCCGUGAUUUCUCAAGUUGUGUUUUCACAGAAGAGCUCUUAGUCAAAUGUUGGUGUUAUACUGAAAUUAAGUAAGUACUCAUUUGAUUUGCUUACAAGUAGAUAAUAUCUGGCUUUGAUGUGGCCAGUAGUAGCAACUCCCCAGGAAUUCUGUUGCAGUGAAGUGUAAUCCCCAUUAAGCAACUUCUCUCCCAAGGUACUGAUUUAAAAAAGCACUAAAUGACUUGCUGUAAGCUGUCAUAUAUUUGGCCAUCCCACCUUUCCUGGAGCAGGACGGAGUGACCUAAUCCUCCUCACCCUUCACACUGAAGAGGUUUACUGGAACUUGGCAGGACAGAGGAAGAAUGUCAAACAGACUUUUGAUCUACAGUUUCCCAGUUACCUUUGAAAUCUGUGUCCCUUCAUAGCACUCUUCCCUAAAGCUGACAUUGUGGGAGUAGUUGUUGUCCACUGUGGGCAGCAUUCAGAGGAAGAGAGAUUGGAGCUUCAGCACUCAAUGGAAGGAGAGGCCCUGCACCGCCCCUACGGUUGUGAUGUCGAGCCCCAGGCACUGAACGAAGCCAUCAGAUGGAGCUCCAAGGAGAACCUGCUUGGAGCCACUGAGAGCGAUCCCAAUCUCUUUGUUGCACUUUACGAUUUUGUAGCAAGUGGUGACAACACACUCAGCAUCACCAAAGGUGAGAAGUUGCGAGUCCUGGGUUACAACCAGAAUGGUGAAUGGAGUGAGGUACGUUCGAAGAAUGGGCAGGGCUGGGUACCAAGCAACUACAUCACUCCAGUGAACAGCCUGGAGAAGCACUCGUGGUACCACGGGCCUGUGUCCCGCAGUGCAGCAGAGUAUCUGCUGAGCAGCCUCAUCAAUGGCAGCUUCCUGGUGCGGGAAAGCGAGAGCAGCCCAGGGCAGUUGUCCAUCUCGCUCAGGUACGAAGGACGUGUUUACCACUACAGGAUCAACACCACCUCGGAUGGGAAGGUCUAUGUGACAGCAGAAAGCCGUUUCAGCACCCUGGCAGAGCUCGUGCACCAUCACUCGACAGUGGCAGAUGGCCUGGUGACAACUCUGCAUUACCCAGCACCCAAGUGCAAUAAGCCCACCGUGUAUGGAGUGUCCCCCAUCCAUGACAAGUGGGAGAUGGAGCGCACUGACAUCACCAUGAAGCACAAGCUCGGGGGAGGGCAGUAUGGAGAGGUCUACGUGGGGGUCUGGAAAAAAUACAAUCUCACAGUGGCUGUGAAAACGUUAAAGGAAGACACCAUGGAGGUGGAAGAGUUCUUGAAAGAAGCUGCUGUGAUGAAGGAGAUCAAACACCCAAAUCUAGUGCAGUUGUUAGGUGUGUGCACCCUGGAGCCCCCCUUUUACAUUGUGACGGAGUACAUGCCCUACGGGAACCUGCUGGACUACCUGCGGGAGUGCAACCGCGAGGAGGUCAGCGCUGUUGUGCUGCUCUACAUGGCCACGCAGAUCUCCUCUGCCAUGGAGUACCUGGAGAAGAAGAACUUCAUCCACAGGGACCUGGCAGCACGGAACUGCUUAGUUGGAGAAAACCACGUGGUGAAGGUGGCUGACUUCGGCUUAAGUCGACUCAUGACUGGUGAUACCUACACAGCCCAUGCUGGGGCCAAGUUCCCAAUCAAAUGGACAGCUCCCGAGAGCCUGGCCUACAACACCUUUUCAAUCAAAUCAGAUGUGUGGGCCUUUGGGGUGCUGUUAUGGGAAAUUGCUACCUAUGGAAUGUCACCAUACCCAGGCAUUGACCUCUCUCAGGUGUAUGAUCUGCUGGAAAAAGGCUAUCGGAUGGAGCAGCCAGAGGGGUGCCCUCCCAAGGUGUAUGAACUGAUGAGGGCAUGCUGGAAGUGGAACCCACCAGACCGACCUUCCUUUGCUGAAACCCACCAGGCUUUUGAAACCAUGUUCCACGACUCGAGCAUCUCAGAGGAGGUAGCAGAGGAGCUUGGAAGAACAGCCUCAUCCUCAUCCAUAGUUCCUUAUCUGCCCCGCUUACCCAUGCUUCCCUCCAAGACGAGAACGCUGAAGAAACAGGCAGAGAACAAGGAGAACAUUGAAGGAGCACAGGACACUGUGGAGCACUCGGCGUCCAGCUCAGCACCAGGUUUCAUCAGAAGCACACAGCCGACAGGCGGGUCCCCCGCGCUGCCCCGCAAACAGAGGGACAAGUCCCCCAGCAGCCUCCUGGAGGAUGCCAAAGAGACCACGUUCACCAGGGACAGGAAAGGGGGCUUCUUCAGCUCCUUCAUGAAGAAGAGGAAUGCUCCCACGCCUCCCAAGCGCAGCAGUUCCUUCCGGGAGAUGGAGAACCAGCCCCAUAAGAAAUACGAGCUGACGGGUAACUUUUCCUCUGUUGCUUCCUUGCAGCACGUGGACGGGUUCUCCUUUGCUCCCGCGCAGCAGGACACGAGCCUGGCACCCCCCAAGUGCUAUGGAGGGGGCUUUGUGCAGAGGACCUUCUACAGCGAGGAGGGCACUGGGCCCAGCAGUGCUGGGGGUGUGAGCACUGGUGGAGGGUGGUCGGGCAUCACUGGCUUCUUUACGCCGCGCUUGAUUAAAAAGACGCUGGGUUUACGAGCAGGAAAACCCACUGGCAAUGAAGAAGCUUCAAAGCCUUUUCCAAGGUCAAACUCUACAUCUUCCAUGUCCUCAGGGCUUCCAGAGCAGGAUAGGAUGGCAAUGACCCUCCCCAGAAAUUCCCAGAGGUCAAAAAUUCAGCUGGAACGGACUGUGUCCACCUCCUCCCAGCCCGAUGAGAGCACAGGGAGGGCCAGUGACCUGAUUCCCAAAAGGUUUGAAGAAGGCCCUGCUUUGACCAGAGAGAGACCAAAAGCAAAGCUCUUGCCAAGGGGUGCCACAGCACUCCCUUUCCGAACUCCAUCUGCAUCAGAAGAAAAGGAGGGUCCAGGGCUAGUGGCAGCUCCUAAGGGCAAAGAAAAAAACAGUGGCCCACGACAAGGGGCCCUUGAGGAUGGCGAGAGGCCGGGGUGGUCAUCUCCGGUAAAGGCUGCAGCAAUACUUCCAACCACUCAUAACCACAAAGUGCCAGUCCUAAUCUCACCCACUCUAAAACACACUCCAGCAGACGUGCAGCUCAUUGGCACAGACUCUCAGGGUAAUAAAUUUAAGCUCUUAUCUGAGCAUCAGGUCACUUCUUCCGGCGACAGGGACCGGCCCAGACGGGUAAAACCAAAGUGUGCUCCACCUCCACCCCCGGUGAUGCGGCUCCUCCAGCAGCCAGCUACCUGCUCGGAUGCAGCAGAAGAGCUGAGCAGUGUGGCGGGAGUGCAGCACGGACUGGAAUCAAACGAAGGGAGUAAGAAGGCAGCAGCAGCAGCAGCAGCACCUGUUGGUGGAAAAUCUGGGAGGCCCGUGAUGCCUCCGCCUCAAGUGCCUCUGUCAUCGUCUUCCACCUCCCCAGUGAAAAUGGCCAAUGGCACGGCUGGCACCAAGGUAGCGCUGAGAAAGACCAAACAGGCGGCUGAGAAAAUCCCCGCAGACAAGAUCAGCAAGGAGGCGCUGCUGGAGUGCGCUGAUCUCCUCUCGAGUGCCAUCGCCGAGCCCACGCCUAACAGCCAGCUGGUGGACACGGGGCACCAGCUGCUGGAUUACUGCUCAGGCUACGUGGACUGCAUCCCGCACACGCGCAACAAAUUUGCCUUCCGGGAAGCCGUGAGCAAACUGGAACUCAGCCUGCAGGAGCUGCAGGUGUCCUCGACAGCUGCUGGCGUCCAUGGGGCAAACCCCGUCCUUAAUAACUUAUUGUCAUGUGUCCAAGAAAUCAGUGAUGUGGUGCAAAGGUAGCUACUGUCAGUCUGGGUAAGAGAAACACACACGGGGAGGGCGGGACUGUUUUUCUGUACUGAUGCUUUCAAAAGGAAAGACUGAUACUUGAGUAUGUGAAGUACCUCAGAUCACUGAGUUCUCCUCACGUUUACAGGUUCAUCUCAAAAAAUUGGGGAUGGAGAGGGUAGAUUAAAGCUGUAAGGGGCAGAACAUCAAGGAUCUGUCCCUACCUAGUCAGGCUGAUCUGCUUGGUAUGGCAAGGGAAAGAAAGUUCCUUCUCCUCCCCUAGAGAGGAAGGAGAACCGAUGGCAGGUUCUCCCUCUGGGCAGGACGGUGGUGACAGCCAGAGUCCUGGGGUGGCUGCAGCUUCCUGGCUGCACAGAUCCUGCCCUAGCUGCACUCACUGUGCUUUGCUGUCCUGACAAGGCCAAGGAAAGGCACUGGGGCUCUGCUGGUACCAGUGGCAGAGCAGCCAGAGCGGCUCCAGAGAGGAGUCGUGUGCAGCUGGGGGAAAGGUCUAAUGCACUGACAGUAUUCAGAGCUGCUGGAGGUGGAUGCACUGGUCUGGAUGGCUUGCCUUCCACAGCACUGUUGCUGCUGUAAUGAGAACUGCAAGAUUAGUUAAUAUAUGAAACUGUCCCUUUUCCCUCCUGUCCACCUCAUCCACCACAUUCUCAUCAUCAUUGUAUUGGAAGCGUCAGGGAUGCUGGGCAGACUUACCACUGGAAUUCCCCCUUCCCACCACACAGCCUUCACUCAGCUGAUACCUAUUUCUAGUGGUCUAGCACAGGUGCUGCUUGACGGUAAUUUUUGAGUAGUUUGGGGCUCUUGCACAACUUGCCAAUGUUGUUGUUGGGGUGGGUGGGUUAUUUCUUUUUUUAAGCUCUAGAUUGUUUUUAGCUUGUUACCAGGUUGACUCCCCAGUUCAGUUUGGUCACCAUGAGGACCCAUGGUAGAUAAGGCAGAGCCUCUCACCCCCUGGCUGUUCUCCACAUUCCUUUAGCAGUCAUAGCACUGCAGGGCCAGCUGGAGAACCAGGAAGUACAGCCCAGCCUGCCCACCACAGGCUGCAGGAUUCCCUGGACCUGUCCCUAACCCUUCACACUGCCAGAUUCUUGGGAUUUGUUCUGAUGCUUACCUGUCCCACAGGCUUCCAGCUUCCCUGCAUCUCAAGGUGAUAAAGUAUGGCAGCACACAGGGAAACACCACAGGCAUCUCCAUAUAUUUGUUCCCAUAUUUUAAAUGCUAGACCAGAAUCCUGCACUGUGGUGUAGGGAACGUGCACAUAAACUGUGCACUCCUCUGCCUGAGGUGUGGCAACAAAAGCUGUGGCUCUACCUUGAAAGGCUCCCACUGGGUUUCUAAUGCCUUCUAACCACCCCAGAAUGAGAGCAGCCUAGUGGUUGGCAUUGUCAUCCUUAGUCCUGGUGCUGUUUGCAGACUGUUGUGGCCUCAAAAAGCUGGUCUAUGUCUAUGCACAACUCCCCAAGGUGUGAAUGUACUGGCAAGUAGGAAGAGCUCAGUUGCUGGUUUGUGAGAGGAAAGGAAACAGGCCUGAAACCUGGCUCCAAAUACACCUUACCUGCAUGCUGCUGCUCACUUCACACUGCUGCUGAUAGAGGAUCUCGCUUGCUUUGCACCUUAAGUCUCUUUCUUUUUGGCUAAAACGCUUUUUAAACUUGUUUUUCAAGUGUGGCCAUGCUGCUUUUAGUCUGAGCAUUUAGAGUGGAGCUGUGGCACAGGUGUGACUUCAGAAGAUGGACACUUCCUUUUCUGUCUAGAAGCACAUGUUAGUGCUUGGAAGCAGGCUGAGUGUCUCAGCAAGUGUCCCUGUUUUUUCCACAGAGCAUAGCGAGACAGGCCUGGAAAAAUCUUUAGAAACGGGCUGGUGUCUGAGAAUCCUCAUUUCAUUACUGGUCCGAGCUAAGCAAAGUUGUUUCAAGGUUCGUGGAGGCACAGUAGAGGAGCAGCAUGGGAGGUACAAUGGACUUCUGUGAGCUUCUGUGGCCCAGGAAGUGAAGUGGUGGGGGAAAAAGAACCAAACAACCCCUUGUGCUGGCAAGUCCUGAUCGCCUGCAGCCCUCGGGGCUGUCCCAAGGCUCUUCCACAGGCAGAGUACCAACCCCUUAUCUCGUAGACUUUACUGAGGGCUUUUGUGGUUUACCUUAUCUCUUUCAGUCAUCUUCAUGGAAGGUGUGCAUCCAAACUAACUGCCUAAGGUGACCUGCAAAGGGAAGGUGGCUUGUGGCAUUGCUUCACACAGCCUGUCAAACAGUCAGAAGAAUUUAGAAGGUGAGGAGCUCUUUUUUCUUCAGGGCAGAAGGGCAGGUCUUGCCUACCAUGGCAGACCACCACAUGGUUCCAUCAUUGUACUGCUGCUCAGCCUGGGACAAAUGGGCUGGAACUGAGGGGAUUCCAGGGGAAAGGAAUUUUAAUGAGAACAUUUUAAAGCUUAGCCCAAUUCUGAUGAGUAUUGAUAAGUAUUUUGAAAGAAGGUUUUUUGUUUUUUUUUCCCUAAAUGCCAGUCUUCCAGAAAAACUACAGCAAAAGUGAUAGAAUAACAAUAUGGGAUUUCUAACUACUGGAACUCCCCUCUUGCAGCCCUUUCUGAAGAAAGCAGCUGUGUCCCAAUGAACACUGGCCAUCCCCACUUCCUUUCAGAUGCCCCAUUUUUUCCUUGCCUUCGCAGCAGAGAUGGGCAGGGGGACAAGGUAGCAUCCAACUGCUUUUCCAGAGUCACAGAAUGGCUGAGGUUGGAGGGACCUUUGGAGGUCACCUGGUCCAAACACUCUACCCAAGCAGGGCCACCAAGAGUCACCUGUGAGGACCACGUCCAGGCAGCUUUUGGGUGUCUCCAAGCACAGAGACUCUACAGCCUCUGUGCCCAGCACAGGAGCCCAUUUAGUUCUGACUCCUCCUGUGGUGCAAAAACAAAGGCCAGUGGAAUUUGGGGAUUUGCCUGUUGUCACUCUUAUGGAAAGUGUUUGCUCUGCUCUUAUCUAUCAUCUAACAUCAGGUAGGCAGAUUCUGCCAGAGGUGUUGACUUGACAGGGUUUUUUUCCUCCUAAAUUGAAGUCUGCAGAAUUGCUGGGACUUCUGCUGCCCUAAAGUGUUUUAUUCCCAAACUGCAAUGUUCCCCAGCCCUCUGGCAGAAUAGCAAAAGGAUGCUAUCUGGGAAAGAUGGUUCUGCUGUAAUUUGCCAUCCAGUUAUUCUUCCUUCCACAGCUACUUCUAAAACUUUCACCAUUUUCUCUCCCUUUAGCUAGGUCUGGCUUUCUCUUCAGCCUUAAGGGUCUCCACUGUGGCCAAUUCUCUGUUUUCAGCCUGGCACCAGAUGUGCAAAGAAAUGUGUGGGUGCUGAGACCCCAUUAUUUGUCCCAGAGAAGAGCCGUUCAUGUUCCAUGGUUUGGAGCAGGGGACAAGGCAUAAAUUCUGUUUUAAGAAACAGCACUCCUGAGCACUGUCAGGCAGCCAUGGGGGCAUGGCUGCAGCUGGGCUCUCUCACCUGCACUGCUAUGGGCCAGAAUUUUAAGCAGUUGUCCUUGCCAUGCAGAUGGCAUCCACAGGCCUGGCCCCACCAAGCACAAAGCACAGAGUGAGCUCAGGGGGGCACUUUCUCUUCCUACCACUGUGGGAAUUAGCUGACUCACCGGUGCAAUUCUCUCUUCUUCCUGCACUGUACAUCCUUCUUAAUCCCAAACUGGUGCACUUGAUUUAGUCAUGUUCUUCAUUAGUGUGGGUAGGGGCGAAGCUGAGCUAACAGUCUGGGUCUUGGCACUGCACCAAAUUUAGCCAGUGGGAAAGGGGAAUUGAAGGGAGCAGUGUUGCUGAUGCAGAACACAGCAGGGAGGGAGAGAGGAGGGCUGUGCUUGUCCUCUUCAGGACAUUUCUCCUGGAUGCCACUGGCCUUGUGUCUGUGAGACACAGCCAAACACAAGUGUUGACAUCUGUCAGGGUGCUUUUGCAGCAGUUGUGGGGCACAAACCCCACAGCGGAGACAGAGCAGGCCCUCUCCACCAGGCAGAGGUGUGGGUGGGUUACACUGUGCAGACACAGAGUAAUCCCAGCCCUCGUGUCCUACCACUUACCUGAGGCAGGCUUUUCCUCUGGGGCAUCCACAGCACUGACUGGCACGAGUGACUCCAGAGGAUGGUGGUUACAAAGCCAUCAUCAGCUGCUGCCUUCUCGUGUGACAGCUCAGCCCUGCUGCUCAUCAGGAGCCGGCAGGGACACUGAAAGGUUGCACGUGUGGAAACCUCCCAGGGCACUGUCCAGCACGGUGGGUGCUGGGCUUGUGCUGCAGAUCCCUGGAGUAUAGAACAGAGCCCUCAGCCCAUUCUCUGGUGGCAGGAACAGGAGGUUCUGGGACACUGACUUGUUUCUCACAGCUCCACGCUAAGCAAUGUCUGUACCAAAGGAGGUCGUUCUUCCCCAUGUGUCUGUUGUGCACAGGAGGUGGAGCCUGCUCGGCUCACAUGGCACUGUUUGUAGUGGUAGUGAACUCGUUGAGGGCAGGAAUGGAUUGAAAUGAAACACGUUAAUCACCAAUCACUCUUAGCAGUGUUGUCAACUGUUUUUGUUUUUUAAUUGUUAUUGUAAUAUAUUUUGGUUGUUUUUCUAAUUUAAUUCUCUCACUAUUGUCUGACUGUGAACUGCGAACAGUGUUAAACUUGAUGUAAAUAAGGCUCUUGGAAGGGCCUCUUUGCCUGUCGUUCCACAAAGUUUUGCCAAUUUGCAUUUUGUUUUAAAUAAAGGUUGCAAUAUUUUAUUGGCAAAAA